UUUUGAUCUAGGAGGACAACAGAAUCUCAAGUGAGCCUUCUACUACAUAACUGAACCAUGGUCAUCAGUGACAGGAUGAUGAAGAUGCUUCACGUAUUUUUGGUUCUGGCGCUGCUCGGUCUGGGCUCAGGAGAGGAGGGAGCCCGUCUGCUGGCCUCUAAAUCACUGCUGAACCGCUACGCAGUGGAGGGCCGAGACCUCACCCUGCAGUACAACAUCUACAAUGUGGGCUCCAGUGCCGCUCUGGAGGUGGAGCUGUCUGAUGAUUCUUUUCCUCCUGAGGACUUCGGGAUUGUUUCAGGAAUGUUGAAUGUCAAAUGGGACAGGAUCGCACCAGCCAGCAACGUCUCUCACACCGUGGUGCUGCGCCCCCUGAAGGCCGGUUACUUUAACUUCACCUCUGCCUCCGUCAGCUACCUGGCUCAGGAGGGAGGACAAGUAGUGGUUGGCUACACCAGCGCCCCCGGACAGGGAGGCAUCCUGGCUCAGAGGGAGUUCGACCGCCGCUUCUCCCCCCACUAUCUGGACUGGGCUGCAUUCGGUGUGAUGACUCUGCCCUCCAUCGGCAUCCCUCUGCUCCUCUGGUACUCCAGCAAGAGGAAGUACGACUCACCAAAGUCUAAGAAGAACUGAUAGAGCAGCCCUGGGGAUAAGAGGGGUGGGGUAUGGGUGGGGUAUGGGUGGAACUAAUGGGUUAAGUGGGCACAGGAUCUCUGAAUAGCUUAAUAACCCAUAUUGGGGUGAAAGAAGUACAGUGACCAAGGAACAUGACUAUAAUUGGAUGAAAGCAGCUGCUUCUACAGGACAUGAAACAAUAAACAGGUACAUGAAAUCCUCUGCAGCCAAUCACAGAGCUUCACCAACUGCUGGUCAUUCUUUCAUAUUUCAAUUAACAGCUUCCUGUGAGAGAACAAUAACAAUGGCAGUUACUACUGUAACAAGUGUGGUAUUUUGUAACUGUAUGUGAUGAAUUGAACUCAGAUUUGAAGUUUUUAUACUUCAAAAUAAAUAAAAACUGUCUGGGUUUUUUUCUAAA